CAACAUCAACUACCUGUUUGUGUGCGCAAGACACAAUGUUAUCAUUAUUUUUUCAAAACAAAUGAAAUAAUGAUUGUCCAAACUUCAAAAGUCUUUAGUUUCGUAUAAGUUGUUCAGUCGUUUAAAUCACAAUUAUGGCGUUGAUCGCCUUUGGUCUAUUUCUUAUUACAAUCGUUAGUGGAACUAUAGACGAGUAUGUAGUUCCGACUGCGAUAUGUCCGUUUUAUAAAAAUGGGCCUAGUUUAGACACAAACGAAUUGGUGGGAAGCUGGAUGACAGUGUACACACAACCCAAAAGAGUGAAAUGUUUCAAUAUUCACAUUAGAACUAUUACAGACCUGGAGCGAGAACAAUACAUAGUAAAGUACGGGAACUUCAGCAACCGUGUUAACUGGAACACGUGCUUCUUGGAAUUGGUUUCUUCUCAAAGGAAACAUUAUUUACAAGGUGACGGGACCCUCUCUGGAAUGCUUGAAAACAUCUUUAUUUUUGAAUCAACCAAAGGUAACUACAGUCUACAAGAUCAAUCAGCAGAUCAAUGGUUCUUGUACGGUCGGCGCGGGAAUGAACUAUUGUUAAUGCGAGACUGCGCGGACGAGAUUGUUGCAUUAUUCGCCAGGAUCGCCUACUGGCCAACACCAACGGAGGUGUACGCUGUACUUCAUCGCAGCGGAAUACCAGCGACUGCACAGAUAACCGAGGUAGACGGUGGGAUUGAUGUGAGUGACGACCAGGCUCCUGACCAAGAAGAAUCGUCGAUCGAGCAAGGGCACACAACAUAGUGAAGCCCUUGUGCAGACUUCAGAGGAACAAAUAUGUUUUAAAGGUGGUCUAGAAGUAAGUUAUAAAGCUGUAUAAAUAAAUUACAAUCGUUAUGUCUCCGAAACGUAAUGAAAAUUAUCUUUUAUCCAGCAGUAUCAACUCCGCGAAAUCAAAACAAUACGAUACAAGGAAUUUCUAGAUGUGGUUGUUUUCUACAGAAGACAUUACCAUAAGUAAACUUAAUAGUGUCCUAUGCAUGUGCUAGGUCCCGUCUCACUAUAGACUGGGUGGUUCAUUUAAUGCAUCAGCGCGAUUCUGGUGCAGGUGACCACUUAACUGUCCGCUGCCUUGGUUGAACUUAAAUAUCGUGAGACAACCCGUGUGUGGUUCUCGCUGUACGCAGAGAACGCCAUAAAGUGGUCAUGCAUUAUGAACAUUAGCUGCCGAAACUAUGUAUUAAAUGUGUUGCAAUUUUAUUUUUGUCUAUUAUAAUCAAUCGCAAUUUUUUGCUGCAAUGCGUAAAGUCCGAUCAACAUGCGGUGAUCCGCUCGCAGCUACCUACGCGGCGUAAGUGAAAUAUGAUGUUCUUUUGUGAUG